CUACCUUCCUCUAGCGACUUCCCCUGAAGUUUAGUUGGCAACACUGGCUGCAGCAGAUAGACCACUUCCUACAGGUAACACUCACACAGCAAAUGGAUGAGCACACACAGACACCCACAUGGUCAUAAUAGAAAGGCUUAAAGGCUGUUUUUUAUCGUCUUAUGUUUGUUGUGUAGUUAAUGUUUUUGUUUUUAUUUUCAUCGAUUUUUGGGAUUUUUGGAAUAAACUCCAAAAAUAAAGUCCGAGGUUAACACAAGUUUAUGAGAUCUUGUGGGGGGUAAGAGAUCUAGAGCGCACCUGGGUAAACUCGCUAUAAAACGCAAACUCUUGUUAGAAAACGAUCAAUAGAGUUGAAAAUCCAAUGGAAACUCAUUUAAAUGCAAACAUGUUUAUGUGCACUACAUCAUCACGCACAUACUUUUAAUCGAAACAAAAUAUAUUUGAUGGAAACACAAUUGUGGUAGUAUUUUGUUUGUAUGCGAAUUUUUGCAUAUUCGCUUGAAAAUACGUCGCCAAUUGGAUGGAAAUGUAGCUAGUGACACGCUCUGCAUGUUGUUUGGUAACCAAAUGCGUUGCUUGGUAACCAAAUGCGUUUGCUCAAACAUGGAAAACCUGAACACGUAAACCCUGCGUUUAGGGCAUGUUUUGCAAAUGUAUGUAACGAAAACAAAUGAUGACAUGGAUUAACUAACUGUUAUCUAUAUAUCAACUGACAAGCGUUCUGUUUUGAACAUACACAUUUUGGGUAAGUUCUGUGCGUAACUGGAAUAGGUAGGUGGAUCAUCAUAGUGCGACGAAUGUGGACAGCUCGUUUUCUGACGCAGUUGCUGGGUGAGUCACUUGUCUGUGUAUGUCUUUUGCCUUUGUGUAUUCUACGCGUAUCUGUGGACGUGUUUAACUAUUCUUGUGGGGACCAGAAGUCCCUACAAGAAUAGUAAACGAACAAAAAGUUGACCAGCUGGGGACAUUUUGUUAGUCCCCACAAAGUCAAAUGCUAUUUCUAGGGGGUUUAGGGUUAAGGUUAGAAUUAGUGUUAGGGUUAGAAUUAAGUUAAAUAUUAAGGUUAGGAGCUAGGGUUAGUUUUAGGGUUAGGAUAAAGUUUAGGGUAAGAGUACGGGUUAGGAUUAGGGGUUAGGGAAAAUAGGAUUUUGAAUGGGACUGAAUUGUAUGUCCCCACAAGGUUAGCUGUACAAGACUGUGUGUUCUGUUUUGCUGCAUAGGGUCUCUGUCCAUUGUGACCUUUGCAUAACAACAGUUCUUUAAUGUUCUUUGUAUUUACCCAUUUCGGUCACAGGCACAGGUCCAGUUCAUAAGCAUGGAGAAGAACACUUACAAUUACGCAAUAGAAACUGCCCUUUCGUCCCCCCUAGUGGAGGAUAUGAUGGAGCUGGACGGCCGGCAGCAGAGAGUCUACCACAGGGCUGCCAGGAUGAUACAGAGGACAUGGAGGAGACAUGUGGAUACACGCGUGUUCCAGUACUUCAAGAACCUUGUGAGGUUCCGUAACCAGGGAGACCCUCGACUCCUGCUCAAAAAUGUCAAUCCCAGAGAGGCAAAUAUUCUGGAUGCUGCUGCAGGAGUCCACAUCAGAUUCAGACUGGGAGGGACCACCUUUCCACCGAGCAUCUACUAUAAGAUCUACACCCAUCGACCCAUCGUGGACAUGUGUGCCAACAGCCCCAAGGACUACACCCACCCCAGGCAGAAGAGGCCCGUCCCCAGGCAGAUACACAACGGGAGGACCCAGGUGCGGGACGACCAUGCUGGCUGGUACCACCGCGUGGAGAACAACGGCUGGAGACUGCUCUCUGGGAAGGCUGCUCUGUUAGGUGACAUCAUUACGUUGGAGUCCAAUGGCAGGAAGGUGGAGUUUCAUCAUUCCAAACUGCAGCGUCGUCAGGACGUGGACAGGAGGAAGAAGAGGAGGAAGAUUGAAUGGUUGAAGCAGAUGUAUGACCGUGGCUGUCUGCAUGCACGUACAGAGCAUAGUGAGACAGCCAUGCUGGUGGAGCGGUCAGCCCAGGGCAUGAUGGACGCCGUGGAGCAGCUGGGACCCAACCACAUCGUAGAGUGGGAGGUGGAUGAACUACUGGAGUGGACUAACGCUCUCAACUUUGACGAGUAUAUUAAUGACUGGAGGGUUGUAGGUACCAGCAAUUCCUCUGAGUCUUGGAAAGAUAAGAGGCUGGUACCUUCCAACCGGGAGCCUUGUGUUGAGUUCUCAGGGCUGGGGCAGGAAGACAGCCAGGUGGAUACCUACAGCAGUAUCCUCCACCCACUGGUCUCCAGCCUCAUCAAGUCAGAACACUCCAAGGCCAAUCUCUUUGACUGACUGACUGACUGACUGGCUGACUGACUGCAUUGUAUCGCUGACCAGACCAGAAAAUUACAAUACCAACCAUCAGACCCUACUACUAUGACACUAUGCAGUGGGAUUAAAUGUGAUGAGCAAUAAAGCAAAGUGGUGAAUGUAA